AUGUCUUCCACCGAUCUUAAAUAUUACCAUGAGCAUGCCUUUGAACCCAAACACUUUCUCGAUGCAUAUUUUUCUCCUAAAACGGAUGAAGCUCUCCUCGAAGAUGUCUUCCUAAACCCCAUGGAAUGCUUACAUAAGGAAUUAAUGACUGGUCAUAUUUACGGAGACUUGUUGCUUGACGUCUCUGUUGGUCCAAGUAUCUUUCAUCUCCUUGCAAUUUGUAAGUUCUUCAAAAAAAUUGCUGUAUUAGAAUUUAAUGAUCUCUGCAUUUUGGAAUUGGAGAAGUGGCUAAACAGCCACGAGGAGGCCUAUGACUGGUCUCAUGCAUCAAAGGUUAUGAUCGACUUGGUAGGAACAAGUGAUGGGCAAGAUACAAUAGAAGAAUUGUUAAGAAGUAAAAUUAAACGUGUUCUGAAAUGCGAUUUAGCCAAAGAUAAUCCCACUGAACCAACAUUGUUGCCGAAAGCAGUCAUAAGUGCAUGGGGACUGGAAAUCGUCAGCAAAGAUAAAAAUCAUUAUAUCAACAAUUUUAGAAAAAUCUCCUCUUUGUUAAAACAAGGCGGUCGUCUAAUAUUGUUUGGGUCUUUUAAUGUUUCAUAUUAUAAAAUUGCUGAGCAGACAUUUGGUAUCUUAACCUAUGAUGAAGAAUUUUUCAGAAAGGUUCUAAAAGAAGAAGGGUAUAGCAUUGAAGUGUUUCAAGCAAAAAACAGGAAAACAAUGACGGAUAUUGCUGACUAUGAGAAAAUUUUCUUUGUUGUUGCAAUUAAACAGAGGAAGGGUUAA